CUCUUGGUCCCAAAAGGUUUUAAGAUCGCUAAACGCGAAUCACGGUAACAAGACGACUGUUCGUGGCGGAGACACGAAUUAUUUACACGUUUUUAUUGAAAAGGAACAAAAGAGAGAUUUUUACAGACUCGGACGGAACUCAGGAUGAGACGCUGCAGGAGUGCUGUCCUCGUGGGUGUCCUCCAUGUCCUCCUGUCCUGCGUCCUGCUGGACGCCCAGGUGUCCCCUCACCAGCAGCAGCCUCCUCCGGUGGUCCAGGGAGCGUCUCACUUUCCGUCCCACGGCCGGCUGGACAGGGACAUGGUGCAGGACAAAGAGCACAUCAUGGAGCACCUGGACGGCGUGAUAGACAAACCGGAGAAGGACAUGUCCCCCCAGGAGCUGCAGCUGCAUUACUUCAAGAUGCACGACUACGACGGCAACGACCUGCUGGACGGCCUCGAGUUGGCCACCGCCAUCACGCACGUCCACCGAGAGGAGAGAGGAGACGGCAGCCAGCCGAUGAAGGAGGACGACCUGAUGGCGCUGAUCGACGACGUCCUGAAGGACGACGACAAAAACGACGACGGCUACAUCGACUACGCCGAGUUCGCCAAGUCUCUGGAGUAGGACGCGUCCACGUCUGUCCUCGUCCAAAGACACCUUGAAGACAGGAAGUGCCACGGCGGAGGCAGCUGGAGCCAAACUACAUUUCAGGAACGGGUCUGGUUCCGUGUGCGGAGGACGGUCGGACCCGUUUGUCCUUUAAUUCAAUGCUUUGAUUUCAUUCUCAUCUUUACCUGCUCCGUUCUGAGAGACCGGAUCGGACAGAACCCGACCAGAACUCUGCUGCUGCUCAGGCGAACCAGAACAAAAACACGACCCCGAGUUCUGUUUUUGUUCUGGAUCAGAACCGGCUGCUGUUUCUUCCUGUUCAUCCGUUUCCAGUUUGUUGCUGAGGAAACAAACACGUCGUCAUGGCGACAGCAGCACUUCCUGCUCAGAGCUUUUUGUUUGGGUCCGCCUUCACGGGUCGAACCGGGCCGACACCAUCACUGUAGAACCACAAGAUAAAUGGAUUAAAGGGAUAUUUCAGCCAUUUUCAAGUGGUGUUCUUUGUAAAAACUUGUGAGGAAUGCAUAUCACCCACCAGGAGAUCAUAAGCGUCUUACCUGUUGUAGAUGGCUGUUGAACGACCUCAGUUUAGAGAACGUUUGCUUGUGACAGGACGGAUGAGCUAAUGGCUAGUCUGAAUGCAGAUCAAAGAGGAUCUCUGAAUAAAACACUGACGGUUUGGUUGUUGUUUACAGUAGCAGCUGGCUGUAGCACGUCUGGUGCAGCCUGAGGUCCGUUUCCAUGGAAACAACUGAUGUUGACAGAACGUUAAAAUGUUUGAGUUGCUGCUGAACUGAAACCGUUUCCAUGGUCUCCUGUGUUCAGACUUUAGCUCCUCACUUCUGUCCAAAUAAACUUUAUUUCUCCAAAGCCUCAAAGAGCCAUGCGAGGCAGGUAAGAUAUUAACUGCUCAGCACUUCACCAUGGAACCCCACUUUCAAAUGUGCAAACUAUCCUUUUAAAUCUGAGAACGUUAAGCAGGGCUGCUCUGCAGCUUCUGGACAAGCUAAGCUAGGCUAACCCUGAAAGCACACUGACUGACUCCCCCGUCAGCCCCUGAACGCAUCACGUUUACUUCAGGCGUUUGUUGCCUUUUAGACCAAAACGGGUCAAACGUUUCAAUUUGAGUUUGAGUUU